AUGGUAUAUAAGCGGCGCGGAACGGGAAGUGAUGGCAUGCGCAUGCGCGGGUCACAUAUAAUUCCCUUCCAGCCCUCCUCUGUUGUCAGUUGCUAUCAGAUUGCCAAGAUGAGAGGGCUCCCCAGCAACGCGCUGCUGUGGGCCUUGCUGCUUGGCCUGCUGGUUGUGUACGAGACUCGCGCUAAACUCGGCUCAGUGCAAGAACCCGGAGUGGAAAGGCUACGCUCCGAGGCAGAAAAGUCCCCCCUGUCAAAACCCGGCAAAGAAAAUGGACCUCAAAGCUACGCCACGAAACUUCGGAGGACGCUGAGGGAAACAGCUGCCGACGCCGGUGCCAACUCUGCCAAGAAAAGACUGCAGAAAGCAACGUCAAACAGUGCAGUGAAGCCGAUGAAAAAGGGAACGCCUGCGAAGCUUAAAAAGCCGAGCUCAACGAAGCCUCAGCCUAACAGGGGGAAUAAUGAGAAUCCCGGCAGAAAGAGCACGGUUCCUGCACAAGGAAAUCGUGGCAAUGCAAAUGAAAAGAAGCAAAAUGCAAAGAGACUAAAGGAAGGUGGAAUCAGAGGCAACGCCAAUGAAGACAGAGAUAACAAGAGGCGAAAGGCAUCUAAACCCGGCGAUCGUAGAGAUGACAAAGAUAAGAAAGAAGGGGGAAGUGAUAAUAAGAAUGAAGCUAAAGGCGGUAAAAAGAGAGGAGAUUCUACAGAGGAGAAAGAUGUAAAAAAGAAUGGAAGGAAGCGAGGCAACAAAGAAGGUAAGAAGGACGAGAAACAAGGCAAAAAUGGUAAUGCAGGAAAGGGUCAGAAACAAGAUGCAGGGAAAGGAGGGCCUGGCAAAAGGAGGAAUAACAAAGCAGGCAAAAAGCAAAGCAAAAAUGGCCAGCAAGGAAAUAAGAGAGGAAAUGGUAGGGACCAGAAAUACAAGAGAAAAAAUAAAGGAAAUGGCAAAGAUACCAGAGAUAAAAACAAAAAAGAAAAGGACAAUGAAAGGAAACAAGGCAACAACAGAAACAGUCAAGAAGGGCGCACAAUGGGGAAAGUCCCUGAAAAAAGGAAAAAAGAUGAUGGACCGAAGAGGAACAACAGAUUUAAAUGCGAGGAGAAGAAAAAGUGCACAAAAUUAAAAGGCAGAUAUAAGUGCAAGAGUUCGUACGAGAAGAAAAGAUGCACCAAAAAAGGAGGAAAGGCGAAGCUCAAGUAA